UCUGUCACGAAGUGCCAACCUUUAGUUGUGCUGAAUGUCCGCUGAGUUGUUACAUCUGAUAGUUAAACAGCCAUUCUCUUACUGGGUUUCAUAGAAUUUCUCGUCGAAUCUUUUGUUUUAUGUAUAAUCUUGCGAUGUCUCAUGAAGUCGCAUAUCCACUGCCGCAGCAGACAACAGUCUUCAACGGAGAAUCGUCUCAGUCGCCGGAAAGCCAAUUACAAAAGCCGGAUUGUCACACUUCUUUACUGGAAAACCAAGAGUCGUACACUGGUGUGGCACAGCUACCUGUGAUGGUAGCAGAAACUCAUCAUGCUCCAAGCAUAUUUUCCAGAAGUAUCAGCAUGCCCUUGCCACAGAAUAAUAAUGUGGGAACCAAUCAGAAUUCCCCAGAUUCUUUGUUAGCUAGGGGUGAACAAUCCCUUCCUGGUUUGAAUAUAAACAACAGUAGUGAAGUCAGAUCGGCCACAGUAGCAAAAAUUGAACACCUGAAAAAUUGGAGCAUUUCAACUUACAAGUGCACGAAACAAAUGAUAUCAGAAAAGCUUGGAAAAUCUUCAAGAACUGUUGACACAGAACUUGAAUCUCAAAUUGAUCUUCUUCGUGAUGUCCAAAGAAAAUAUCUUAAUAUUCUGAGAUUGUCCAGAGCAUUAUCUUCACAUUUUCAACAUGUAGUCAGCACACAGCAAGGAUUGGGAGAAGCCUUUGCUGAUUUGGCCCAAAAGUCUCCUGAAUUGCAGUCAGAAUUUCUUUGCAAUGCAGAAACUCAGCGAAGUUUGAGCCGCCAUGGUGAAAUUCUCAUGGCAGCUCUAGAUUUUUUUGUAUCAUCAGUCAAUACUCUGGUUAACAAAACCAUGGAAGAUACGCUGCUCACAGUUAAGCGAUAUGAGGCUGCCAGAAUUGAAUACGAUGCAUAUCGCUCUGAUUUGGAGAUCCUUUUGCAGUCGACAUCAUCAGGUCAAUCGAAUGCGUUAGCUGAGGCACAACGCGCUCACGACGAACACAAGAUCGAAUUUGAAAAAUUACGUGCUGACGUAUCAGUGAAACUCCGAUUCCUAAAUGAGAAUCGAGUUAAAGUGAUGCAUAAACAGUUGCUACUAUUCCAUAACGCUGUUUCUGCAUAUUUUUCGGGAAAUCAAACAGCGUUAGAAGCAACUCUAAAACAAUUCAAUAUUAAAAUGAAAACUGGUAACAUCGCUCCAUCUUCUUGGUUGGAACAAUGAGAGACACGGAAUUGGAAAAAAACGUCUUCUAUUUGGUUACGUUAAUGCGUAAUUUUUCCUGUUGAGUUCUGAUAUUUUGCAUUUUCGAAAUCUCGUGGUUUUACGUUUUGUCUUGUUUAACAUUAUUAUUAUAUUUUCCUCUUGCGAUUUGAAAAAUCUACCAUUUAUUUUCUGAGCCACGGAUGGAGUCAAUAAUAUUCCACUGGCGUUACUGCCAUCUGAAGCCCUUGGGAAAAAAUGGCCCUUGAUUAUCAAUUUAACCACAACUGCGUAAGAAAUAUGCAAUCAGCAUUCCCUAGUCAUAAUUUCGAAGACAGCAGGAAUAUUUCCCACCAAGUUUUUUUCUAGUUACAAUCUGAUGGCUCUCACUAUUUCUAAUCCCACUUUUAUUCAAUGUUAUGUUAUAUUUUGUUUUUCUUGUCUCGUGUGGAUGUAUCCUACCAUCGAGUUCAUGCUAUACGUCUUUUGCUAACUUCAACACUAAAAUGAUUGUCCGUAUUUCAAUCGUGCUUUCAAUUGAUUCAAUGGUCACCACGUUUUGAUUACUGAUUCGUGUAGCACAUUUGGAGCAAAGACAUAAUGAAAGUGUCAAGAUAUCUUCGAGAUGUUCUCUUAACCAUUGCGUCAGUUUACCUGCUAUAUUACAAUAAACGGUUUUGGAAUGUUUGAA